UUGACUAGCAGGAUGAAUACUCUCCGGGCUCUGUUUCUCUUGGCGGCAAGCCUCACUGUUGCCCAGUCGUUGGACUACAAGGCACUCACCCAGUUCAGAAAGAUGAUCCUGUGUAUGAUGCCUAAUAGCUGGCCUACUCUGGACUAUUCUGACUAUGGCUGCUACUGCGGAUUUGGAGGCUCUGGCACACCUGUGGAUGACCUUGAUAGGUGCUGCCAAGUGCAUGACCAGUGUUAUAGUGAUGCUAUUCAGCAUCCCAAGUGCUGGCCCAUCGUUGAUAACCCUUACACAGAGUUAUAUGACUACAGUUGUGACAGUGUCAACAAGAAGAUCACCUGUGGCAGCAAAAACAAUGAAUGUGAGAUGUUCAUCUGUGAGUGCGACAGGAAGGCCGCUGAGUGCUUUGGUGUGUCACCUUGGAACCCUGAUAAUGAACACCUGCCCAAUGAUCGCUGUCGCUAGAGAUUUCCAGAUGAAUUUAACCUUCCACGCAACCAACUUUUAGUGUUCUAAGGUGACUGUGAUUGUUUUAUCAAAUGUGUCAUACUAUACAGUCACAUAUAACGCAACAUGAUUUGUGUUCGGUACAAGACAUUUCUCAUAUUGUAAUUUUUCUAAGGUAUAUCCAUCCAUCAUUCCUUUCAUGUCCCAAGUCUCUCUUGGCAGCAUGACAUUUUUGAAGUUACUCUGACAAUAAAUAUAAUUAGAUCUGCAUCUCUUUUUUUCUCACAUGCUGGUUAGUGAUAUUCAAGCCAGUUAUUCACAAGUAUGAUCAUAGCACAAG